AACCAAUGCAAAACAAAUGGUCUGUCAAAUGGCAAAAAUGUCAAUUGUUUACCACCUAUUGAAUGACUGAAAUGGGCAUUAAACAAUGAAUUAAAAAUAUUCCCAAUUACUGUGAUUGAUCAAAUAAAAUCAUUGUCUCAUUUGUUUUCAACUAUUUUGUUAAAUUAAUUUUGUUGUGUUUUUAUGUGUGGAUACAAUUUAGCCAUGGAGCAAUCAUACUAUUUGGAGUUGUGUAGCGAUCCCAUUCGCUUUGAUUCAGUCAGUCAAAUAACCGAUGUAUUCUUUGAUGAUUCCAAUAAACAGUUGUUCGCUGUGCGAUCGGGCGGUGCCACUGGAAUCACUGUCAAAGGGCCAACCGAAAAUCAGACGCUCACUUUUUGUAUGGAUGAUAAGGGGCCGAUGCGAUCGAUAAAAUUUUCGCCCGACAAAAAGUUAUUGGCCAUCCAACGAACCGAAAAAUGCGUGGAAUUCAUCACAUUCGCAAACAAUCAACCAAAUGUCAAUGAAAUGAUUGUGCACCAAAGCAAAAGUACAACAGUGUAUGGAUUCGUUUGGAUACAUAAUAGAGAGGUAGUAUUUAUUUCAAAUACAGGCGUUGAAAUAUUUACGGUUAAUGUGGAGAAAAAGCUGUUGAAAUCGAUAAAAUCGAUGAAUCUGACGGUCGAUUGGUUUUCAUGGUGUCCAACGGGGAAUUUGGCUGUACUUGCAUCAAACAAAGGAAUGCUACUAACACCCAUUCUUAUAAAACAGGGUGGUGUCAUAACGAGAUUGCCAAAAAUUGAAUGGAAAAGUGAACAUGGCAUUCCAGAGAGAGACUUAACGUUGGCUGAAAUCUAUGACACUCUGUCAAUUUUGAUAUUAAAACCAACAUCAACCCGAUUGGUCGAAGUUAUCAUUUAUCUUUUGAAUGGGCCAGGUUUAGCUCCAAAGAAAUCCCAUAUACUUCAGCUCGGUCACAGUGGACGCUUUGCCAUGAAUAUUGUCGAUGAUUUGAUAGUCGUUCAUCACCAGGCUUCUGCCACAUCUUUACUAUUCGACAUUAAAUUAACGAGUGGAACAGUUACCACAAAUGAUGUCACGUAUCAUACGCCAAUCACACUGGGAAGACCGAUCAAACCAUUUUCACUGCAAGUACCAAGCUUAUCACUGGACGGAAAAACGAAAAACUGUGAAUUGUAUUCACCAAAUUGGGUAUUGUUUCAACCAAAUAUAGUCAUUGAUGCAAAGCUUGGCUGCUUGUGGGAUGUGAAACUACGAUUGGAAUCAUUGUGCAAUUUGAUCACUGAUAGAGUACGAUUGGUGGAACUGCUACUGAACCGAACGAAUGCAAAACUUGUUUUGGUGGGAACUCUAAAAGAAAUGCUCAGUAGCCAAUACAAUGGAAAUCUUUUGCCUGUGAUUGAAAAUGUCUUCGACAAAUUGAAUGUCGUUUAUUCGAGCUGGGUUACCGCCGAGGUACAGAAUAUUACAGCUCAACCGUCAUCUGCCAAACAAGUAGCCAAAACAACGACAAUACCACGAGUACUCAUCGACCAAAAUGAUUUAUUUGUCAAUAUUUUUUCGAAUAUCAGUGAAUCAACUUACAUCGGACAAGUGCUCAUGCUGUACAUUACUUCUUUAGCCAAAAACAACAUUGCUGCUCAGCAUGACAUUAGCAAACUUGUUAUUGUUAAUUUAGUGCGACGCAAGCAAUUCGAUACGCUACAGAAUUUAAUCAAAUUCUCUUUGAUUAAUGAAUCAAAAGUGCUUGCAUGUUUCCUACUUUCGUUAUCACAUGAACAUCCUUCCGUCACCCAAAUGGCUUUAGAUAUGUUGCAUAAGUUGAAUGCAGAAACGAUAAUAAUCGAGGUGCUUUUAGGCCAAGGGAAGAUUGUCGAAGCUCUUCGAUUAGCCAAUUCAUUGACAGGAGCCGAAAAUUUGUCAGCCCGCAAAUACCUUGAAGCCGCGAAGAAAACCAAUGAUUCAAUUGUUUUUUAUACAGUGUAUACGUGGUUUCAGCAGCGUAAUAUUCGACAGCGUGGCUCUCCAGAUUUUCUGAAAACCGAGCUGUGUGAAGAAUACAUUAACCACUACCAAAAAUUGUACUGUAAUUGACUUGAGGUGUCGUCGUUCGUGCAUCGUAAUUGUGUUCGUGCUAGAUGCCAUUGUCAUCAGUGUUAAACCACAUUUUCUGAGUCCGUUGGAUAUUCAACGCAAAACACACCAGAUAAUCAAUUCAAUCAAAUCAGAAUAAAAGCACUAGUUUUUAACAAUUUGAACAAUUUUCAUGAUUUUAACGAAUAUAUUUAUAUCUCCAAUCAAUGGUCCAAUCAAUUUUCUAACAAUGGUCCAAUCAAUAGAGUCGUGAGAUUAGUUUUUCUUUUCUCGCUCGACUGUACAAUUUUUUUUUAUUUUUCAAUUAUUUUGUCGUUGACUUCCAAAGAUUCAUGCAAUAAUAAUAUGUAAUAAAUAUCAAUGAACUAA